AUGACGGAGAAGGUGCUGGCCCUUGAUAGGGCUUGUCCACUGUCUCUGCUUGAAGCAAUGCUUGAGAAGUUCCCUGUGAAAUUGGAGCCCGCCGCAGUGCAGCCUAGGUUUCCAACAACCGCUGCCAAUCCCAAGGGGGGAAAACUGUUGCAAACACAGAGUGAAAAUGGAUGGAGCGAGGACCUAGAAGUGGAGAUGAGAGCCAUCGUCCAAGUCCUCAAGAGCAAAGAAAAACAAGACUACUUGAGGCUUGGGAGUUUGGCGCUAAAAUUGAAUAAGAUGUUGGCGGUUUCUGCUCCUUUGCUAACUGGCAUUGCUACGGCUGGCUCGGCCUUUGGUGGCUCGACAGUCAUGGUGGCAGCCAUCACCGGGGCAAUGGCUGCGAUCAUCAACCGUUUCAACCAUCUCAAUUAUCCACAACUAGUGUUCAAACUUACAAACUUAGAAACAAUGUACUAUGGAAGACUUAGAAAAUUCCCACCAACUUUCACAUUACAUAUAACCAAUACAACAAUAUAA